UCAAUAUCUUUAAAUAUAUCUGAGGUCAAUUUUGCAACCCAUUUAACAUACAGGGUAUCUAUUUUUAUCGCAAUCUAUUUUCAAUAUAUUGUAAUUGCUUGACAUUCAUCUGUUUUCUGAUCGCGAAGAUUUCGCUUUUAACGAAAGAUCGAUGUCUGUUGACAAAAUCCUAGUGCAUGCAGGAUGAAGAAGUACCGUGAAGUAUAAUUAUUGCGCGGGCGCGGGUCAAUAAUCCACCACGUUGCUUGGCGACGGUAUUCCUACUCUGAACCUCCGGAACAGCCGGCGCGAAGUGCUCCUCUUCCUUCACAAGCUGUUCCAGACUCCAGACAAAAGCUAACCAGCCUUUCGUACGUCCAGAAGCGAAAACGAAGAUCGUGUCUUUUAACUUCUACGGUUUGCUACAGUGUCAUUUCCGUUCGUAAAGAAAACAACUUAGAAACUGGAAGCGGUGGUAUGAGGAAAACAGACGAAACGGAAAACGCGUCUACAUCGCCAAACGAUGGAUCACACAUAGAAAAUUCGACAAACUUUGUACCUAAAUGUUCGUCAUUGAAACAAUCGUUUAAUAAUAACUUCAAGAGACUAUUUGACUUUAAAGUGAGCGAUGUGUCGAGUUUUGAGAAAUUCACUCAAUUUCUCUAUCGUCCGAGUGAUCCAGCGAGUCUCGGAGUGGUUAGAGCUCUAUUUGGAUUAUGCAUGGUGAUAGAUGUCGUCGAGGAGAGAGGAUUGGCAGACAUCGAUAUAAAAUGGGGGGAUCCCUGGGACUGUCAUUUCCCAUUAAUCCACGGGAUGAAAUCACUAUCGUUACCGUGGAUGGUAGUUAUAUACGCGGUAAUGUGGAUGGGUGCCUUCGGAAUCGCGCUCGGUUUUCACUUUAAAAUCGCAUGCGCUUGCUUUGUGCUGCCUUAUUGGUAUAUCUUUCUACUAGACAAAAGUUAUUGGAAUAAUCAUACCUAUCUUUAUGGUAUCGUGGCGACUUUAUUCUGGGGAACGGAAGCAAACAAGUAUUUUGCAUUGGAUGCAAAUGACGGAAAACAAAGCGGCAAUUCCGUGCCGUAUUGGAAUUACUUUAUCCUGAAAUUUCAAUUUUUUGCGCUUUACUUUUUGGCCGGCUUGAAAAAAUCGGGCAGAGAAUGGCUGGAAGGCUAUUCUAUGACGAAUCUAUCUAGACACUGGGUGUUUCAUCCGUUCAAAAUAUUUUUGACUAUCGAACAGACGGACUUUUUGAUCAUCCAUUGGUUCGGCUUUAUCUUUGAUCUAUCCGUGGGAUUUUUGAUGUUACUUGAAAAAACUCGAAUACCAGCCAUGGUGUUUUGUGCAGCUUUUCACUUCAUGAAUUCGAGAUUAUUUAGUAUAGGAAUGUUUCCAUAUGUAUGCUUGGCGACAAUGCCGCUUUUCUGCCGUGCGGACUGGCCACGUAAAUUAAGACUUUGUAAUUGGAGACAAAAAAUUUCUGUAACUAAUGUAAAUUUAACCGAUGCAAAUAGCGUGAAAGAGACUGACAAUCAAAUAAAAGAGUGUGUAAAGUCUGAAUGCUUAGUAUCACCUUUAAAUAAAAUUUUACGUGAUAAAACGGCGUAUAAAGAAUCUGAAAAAGAAGUCAAUAAGGAAGAUUACAAUGCACAAUCAUCUAAAGAUUCGAUUAAGUCCGAUGAAAAAUCCAAUGAAAAAGAAGCAACAAGUAUUUGCGAAAAUAAUUGGAAAACUCAACAAUCACAAAAAGUUACAAAAAAACAAAAAUUUGUGGUGUCCUUGUUGUUAUGCCAUGUUGCACUGCAGUUUUUCCUGCCGUACUCACAUUUUAUAUCAAAGGGUUACAACAAUUGGGUACCUGGACUUUACGGUUACUCUUGGGACAUGAUGGUCCACGCUUGGGACACUAUACUCAUAGUGAUUAAAGUACAUGAUAACGCGAACAAUGAGAUUCGAUAUUUAGAUCCUGAAGCAUGGGUGCAAAGUGACCGAUGGGUGAGACACGGGGACAUGGCAGUGCAAUAUUCACAAUGUUUAAAGGAUAAUCUGAUGCGUCGAAGAGAGGAAGCAUUGAACACCGAUAAUUAUUUCAAAGAGAAAGAAAAAUGGAUGAAACUAUCCACAAAUUUAAGCAUUUAUAUGGACGUAUGGUGUUCGCUAAAUGGUAGAUUUCAACAGAGGGUAUUUGACCCAAACGUCGAUAUGUUGACAGUCGAUUGGCAUCCCUUUAAACCUAUUUCAUUCCUGAUGCCAUUACUCACACAAUAUAAUUCGUAUCGGUACAAAAUGGAUGAAAUUCAGCAGCAUGUUUACACUUGGUCGAAUUACACGGAUGUUUUAUUCGUGGCCGAUUUUCCGAGGAUGUAUUUAGAAAAUUACAUAUCCAACGAUUUCGCGAACGUCUCUUUGACUGUGCUAGAAGGGGAAGUAACUUACAAUGAGGAAAAAUCGUCGGAUGCGAUUACUGUGUCGAAAAAAAGGUCGAUUUCUGUUAAAACAGGAAUGUUUCACCGAGUAAAGACUACAAGUUCUUAUCCAGCAACCUACAUGUACACCUACACCAAUCAAACAAAACAGCAUUUGGAUAGAGGAAAAAAGAAACCUCAUGUGGUAACAGAAAAUACAUCGGCACUGGUAAAAGAAAUUAAUUAUAAAAUUGCUGCGUUGUCAAGAUCAUUUGUCCAUAUAACAAAUGCCUUUUUCAACUUAGUAUAUGACGUUCCUAUGGUACGACGAGUGCGUAUUAACAAAUAAUAAGCAUUUGCAAUUAGUAAAAAAAUCUUAAUCAAAAGUUGAAUUUUUAUAUAUUUUCUCAAUACACGUUAGUUUUAUGUAGUUCUAUUCUCGAAUAAAAAAUCUAUCGUGAAUGCAUA